AAAAUGCGCCUACUCGUUUUGGGCGCAUUUACCUUGAUUAUUGCAUUGGGAGAAGCAAAGGAUAAAGUUGAGGCACCUGAGCGAUCAUCUCGGGGUUUGCCAGGAAAUUUAAACGUAUAUUUGGAACCAAAUGAUGGUGGGUGCAAGAGAAAGCUUUACGAUCCGAAAUUCCAGUUACCGCUGCCUCGUCAAUAUACUGGAAUCUACAAAUCGGCAAUCUAUCCAAGAGCUACCGUUACUGAUGAGGAAUUUAAUAGAGUCUUGGAAAUUCAGAGUGGAUUGUUAAAAGAAAUUAUGAGUGAGGAGGCCUAUGAGGAUUACAAAAAAUUGGGUCCUGAUAACCAUAUUGAAAAAAUACAUGCUGAAAAGCCACACUUAAAAGACUUGAAGAAAAAAUCUAAUGAUCUAAAGGAUGAAAAAAAUAAAGCUAAAAAUUUAUUAAAAAAUAUAGAUAAAGUGUCAAAACGAGAGGAAGUUUUAGAAAUGUUAAAAGAGGAAGGAUAUCAAAUUUCGAAAGAUGAAGAUGUUGAUAAAAUUUUAAAGGAAUUGAAGGAAAAAGUGGCUUUAAAGUUGGAUAUGGAUCCUGGUCAAGAUGUUCCACGUGGUUGUAUUAUAAUUAACGAAGAUGGAAUUUGUAAAAUUGAUGUUUCUGGAUUCUAUAGACCAUACAAACCAAAUGUGGUUGUAGGUCUGCAUUUGAAAAGGGGGCAUUUGCCAGCAAGUAGUUGGAUUAAACCUGAUGACGAGGAUGUUAAAAAAUAUAGUGGAUUGUGGCACACUGAUAGUGAAAAGGAUUUGAUUAUUCAUCAUGAUUAUGACAAAAAUGAGAAGCGAAUACUUGAUCGUUGCUCAUUUUAUGGUACGAGUUGGAUGAAAAUGGCUAUCCAAUCAACCCAAUUACACGUACUGGUUUUAUUACACGUGGAGAAUUGUACCAAUGGGGACCAAGUAAAGGAGUUGGAGCAAUUUUAUACUCAAAAAGCAUAA